GCUCCACUGCCCCAUCAGGUAACACUGCUCGGCGUCAGGUGGCUCGACAUCGCGUUCUCUCUCGUUUAUCACUGUCGUCUUCCACACAAUUCGUCGCCUUCUCCGCUCGUCCGCCGACUUCUUGUGCCAUUUGUUUUGAAUAAUCCGAGUGAAUUCGACGCGCCCGAAAAGAGUCUCGCAUUGCCAAAAAAAAAAUCGGGGCCCGAAAUAUCGACGUUAACAAGUGUGUGGGGCCGAUUUCGCACUGAUAUUGUUUAGUUUGUUCGAAUCAUAAACACAACACACUCGGUUGUUUAUCUUUGUCGUUCGUGCAUUUAAAGUUUCCCGCAAACGGAAAACUGUGCUUUCCAGUUGUGCCAAUCGUUGGAGGAAGGGAAAGUUCCGUUGCCCAGCCAAGUGGAUCUAUUAAAAAGAAAAUUAAAUAGCCAUUCGAGUUAAUCAAAAGGUCCCUCUUCAACUGAAUGUCCGAGAAUAAAGGCAUCAUGCUGGCCAAAUCUGUUCAAAAACACGCUGGACGUGCCAAGGAGAAGAUUCUGCAAAACUUGGGCAAAGUUGAUCGCACCGCAGAUGAAAUCUUUGACGAUCACCUGAACAACUUCAACCGCCAGCAGGCGAGUGCCAACAGAUUACAAAAGGAGUUCAAUAACUACAUAAGAUGUGUUCGCGCUGCACAAACCGCCUCCAAGUCGCUGAUGGAUGCCGUUUGCGAGAUCUACGAGCCACAAUGGAGCGGCUACGAUGCCCUGCAAGCCCAAACUGGCGCCUCGGAGAGCUUGUGGGCGGACUUUGCGCACAAAUUGGGGGAUCAGGUGCUCAUACCACUGAACACAUACACCGGACAGUUUCCCGAAAUGAAGAAAAAAGUUGAGAAGCGCAACCGCAAGUUGAUUGAUUACGAUGGCCAGCGUCACUCGUUCCAGAACCUGCAGGCCAAUGCCAACAAGCGCAAAGAUGAUGUUAAACUAACCAAAGGACGCGAACAGUUGGAGGAGGCCAGACGCACCUACGAAAUCCUGAACACCGAACUGCAUGACGAGCUGCCCGCUUUGUACGACUCUAGGAUACUGUUCCUGGUCACAAACUUGCAGACGCUCUUCGCCACAGAACAAGUGUUCCACAACGAAACGGCUAAGAUCUACUCUGAACUGGAGGCAAUCGUCGACAAAUUGGCCACAGAAUCGCAGCGCGGUUCCAAUACGCUACGCAAACAAACAAGCAAUCCCAUCAAGACAUCGAGUCCAGUGCAGUCGCCAGUAAAUAAGCUAAACAACGCCAACAUCAACAGCAACUAUCAGAAUCAAAUUACCACAAACGGUGGCUCCAGUUUGGCAAACAGCCCGACAUCCACCAGCUCGUCGCUGCAAGAGCCGAGAUUUGAUUCAGUUUCUUCAACACCAGAACCGCCACACCAGGAGCCCCAAUCCCCAGCAGCAGCAGCAGCAGCAGCAGCGACGCCCAGCAGUCCCGCGGAGAACGGGGUGACCACCAAACCGGAGCUGAGUGCUUUGAAUGCGAGCGCCAAGGCAACCACAACCACACAGACGUCGCCCACGGAGGAGCAGUCAGCGGUGGUGGCGGUGGUCAGUGAAGUGAAGCCAUCGGAAAGUGAAGGAGCAGUAGCAACAGAAGCAGCAGCAGCAACACCUGUCGCAUCAGCAGUAGCAACAACACCUGUGGCCCAAGUCAACGGGAACAACAAUGAGCCAUCGGCUCAAAAGGAGAGUGUUGGAAAACAUCCAAAGGAGCUGCCAUCGACCACAUCGAAUGCUGAAGCUGCUGCCGAGGCGGCGGCCAACAAUGGCAACUCGAUCGAGGAGCACAAGCAGAAGAAACUAGGUAAUGACACACGAGCAUCCGAAACAGUCACCCAGCACUUAGUUACAUCAACAGAAACAGAUAAAGAUACAGCUGAUGCAGAUAAAGUAGUUAGCAAAUCAGAUAAAGAUACAGAUACUAAGAGCAGCACAAGUCAAAGAGGUAGACCAGUACCACCAGUAGUUGUUAAUAGGCACAGCGUAACUAAUCCAAAUCUAAAUAAGAAUCCGUUCGAGGAUGACGACGAACGCAUCUACGAGGUGCCCGCUGAUGCCAACACUGCUGACUUGCCGGCCGGCGUUCUCUACCGGGUGAAGGCCACCUAUGGCUACGUCAAGGAGGAUGUGGACGAGCUGAGCUUCGAGAUCGGCGACCUUAUUCGCGUCAUCGAGUACGACGAUCCCGAGGAUCAGGAGGAGGGCUGGCUGAUGGGUCAGAAGGAGGGCACCAACGAGAAAGGACUCUUCCCCGCCAACUUCACGCGUCCCAUCUGAAGUGGAAACUGAGUAUUGGGAUAGCGAAGAACCAACAGCAACUUCAGUUCUUUCACCACACAAAACACUUUUCGAACGGAGAUCCCAAUUCAAACUUUCGGCCAACUUUGUGAGCGCUGCAUUCGUUUUUGUCCAGUUAAUAAAUUCUUGUUUUGUGAAAUGUAUUUGGGAAUCACAAUCCUUUGAAUCCUUUGAAGGAUGGUUCGAGCAGUGCUUCCACCAUAAUAAAUUGUUAUUGUUAACGAGAACCAUACAACACACAAAGAAGAAGAAGAACGCAGAUGAGGAGCGAAAGAGAGAGAGAGAAUAUUUUGAAAAUGUUUCAAACAUUAUUUUUUAGUUCUAAGUUUCAACAAAAUCUAAAGCAUAAACCUACGUAUACAUAUAUUAUUUGUUAAUCCUAUUAUUGUGCUCAUAAUUAAUGCGAACAAAAACGUAUCUAAUUUGUAAUUUGUUAACGGCAAACCACAAACAAAAUAAUGUAACGCAUAUCACUCGAAAGCCAGAGUAAUUGUUAAACAAAUCAAAAGUCAGAGGAGAUAGCCUGAACCUUUUGUAUUUUGUGUAUUUUGCAAAUAUGUAGUACGAGUUUUAUAUAGUCAAUUGAGUGUAAUUUUGGGGCGAUGAAAAAUAAGGCCAAAUGAAAUUCCUCUGUGGUCCCCGGAGUUUUGGAAAUUGUUUUCAAGUAACAACAUUAACUUUUAGCGAUUACGUGUAUCUUAAUUUGUACUUUGUUUUUUAACUUUCGUCUGAGAGACUCGAACUAUCUGCAGCUUUAUAACACGAACACAAUCCAAUAGUCACUAACCGAUCGAUUCGAUGUUUUUAUUUUGUUCAACUCGAUUGUAAAUUACACGAAACCCGAAAUAAUUUUUUAAAUUGUGCACACACUGUAAAGUUAUUAUUUAAAUUUUAUUUAAUUAAUUUAAAUACCUAUUUAUCGCAUGAACAUAUUGAACAAAUGAUAAUAAUUUACAGAAAGCAAAUAAAACAUAGAUUAAAUAAAAAGUUCCGUUUGUAA